GAUCAGCUGGACGAACGUGCAGCAGCAGGAGAGUCUGGAGAUGAAACAUCUGCUGCUUUUAUCAUACAAGAGUUCUUAAACUAUUUUGAUUUGGGUUUUUUUUACUAAUUUUUAUGUUCUUCUGUGAGUAUAGACUUUGGAUAAUUUUGGGUGAAAAUAUAAAAAAACAAAAAAAUAUUUAGUUUUUUUUUUACUAUUUUUUAUAUUCUUCUAGACAGGAGGAGUAGUGGAGCAGUGAGAGCUCCGCAUUGGACAGACGAGGACAGUCGAGUCUCUCCGGUGCCAACGCCUUCCCCCCUCCGCUCCUCUCCGCUCCUCCUCGGCUGGAAACUUCAGCUCGCCUCGCAGCGACCCAGACCCACCACUCGGCUCCUUCUGGACGGAAUAAACCCCCUAUGAGCUGCUGAAGCCAAAACAACCCGACGCUAAAAGAAGUUGUGUUGAGAGAGAGUUUUAAAAUGGGCUGCACGAUCAGCGCCGAGGACAAAGCUGCGGUGGAGAGGAGUAAAAUGAUUGAUAAAAACCUGCGAGAGGACAGAGAGAAGUCCUCCAGGGAAGUGAAACUGCUUCUGCUCGGUGCUGGGGAAUCUGGGAAAAGCACAAUAGUAAAGCAGAUGAAAAUCAUCCAUGAAGAUGGCUACUCAGAAGAGGAGUGCAAGCAGUACAAAGUGGUGGUGUACAGCAACACCAUCCAGUCCAUCAUGGCCAUCAUCAGGGCCAUGGGCCGGUUAAAGAUCGAGUUUGGAGAUGGCUCACGGGCGGACGACGCCCGCCAGCUGUUUGUCCUGGCGAGCUCGGCGGAGGAAGGGGUGAUGCCGCCAGAGCUGACUGGCGUGAUUCGGAGGCUGUGGAGCGACGCCGGAGUUCAGACGUGCUUCGAUCGAUCACGAGAGUAUCAGCUCAACGACUCUGCCGCAUACUACCUGAAUGACUUGGACAGGAUCUGUCAGCCGAGCUACGUCCCGACGCAGCAGGAUGUGCUGCGUACGCGUGUGAAGACCACCGGCAUCGUGGAAACUCACUUCACCUUCAAAGAUCUCUACUUCAAGAUGUUUGAUGUCGGGGGUCAGCGCUCGGAGAGGAAGAAGUGGAUCCAUUGUUUUGAGGGAGUCACGUCUAUCAUUUUCUGCGUAGCGCUCAGUGACUACGACCUCGUCUUGGCUGAGGAUGAGGAGAUGAACCGGAUGCAUGAGAGCAUGAAGCUCUUCGACUCCAUCUGCAACAACAAGUGGUUCACGCUCACCUCCAUCAUCCUCUUCCUCAACAAGAAGGACUUGUUUGAAGAGAAGAUCGGCAGGAGUCCGCUCACUAUCUGCUACCCCGAAUACCCCGGUGGGAGCUCAUACGACGACACUGCAACUUACAUCCAGAACCAGUUUGAGGACUUAAACAAACGAAAGGACACCAAGGAGAUCUACACCCACUUCACUUGUGCCACAGACACCAAGAAUGUGCAGUUUGUGUUCGACGCCGUCACCGACGUCAUCAUCAAGAUCAACCUGAGGGAGGUCGGGCUCUACUAAAGCUUCAGGCCCUGCAGGUGUCAGGAGCUGAAUCAGGACCUCUGGGCUGGUUUGUCUUGUCUGCAGAGCUCGAAAUGGAAAGUAGGUGUUAUUCAUAAGGACUGAGCUGGUGGCCACGCUGCAUGCGGGACCUAAAUUCCACAAUUUGGGGGACUUGAUACUACGAUUACUUUUGUCUUAAUUGAUGUUACGAUGCAGAGCACACUGGGAGGAGGUGAUAAGUGGUGGGGAGGCUGGUGAAAUGAUCACUGUGAGAGUCAUGUCAUAUUUAAGACCUUUGCAUCAGUCGGGGGCUGGCAGGUAAAGCCCCUCUGAUGUCUGACACAUCUAUAGUUUGCCUGUCACAUGUACAAGGACCAAAACAGACUAUCAAAUCCAUCACUGCAUUUCACAGCUGAUAUGUAAAUUCUGUUCCUUUUUUUUCUGUUGCAUCUUCUCUUAGCUUAAGUCUGUAUCACAUCACUUUUAUUGAACAUUUGCAUUUCUUAUAUUUUAAUUUUUGAGUUGCAAUGAUAUAGUAUUUCCACUUUUGGAUGUGUGAAUGCAAUAACUUAUGUAUGGAGAAGCGUUUUGUGUGAGCGUUUUUGAUGUAUAUAACCUUCUGGGUCUGGGAUUAGUUAGUAAGAGUGUAAUGAACUCAGUAGCAACACGGCUGUCUAUAGUUAAUUAUAAACUAGACAACAUUGUAUUGAACAAUAUUUUUAUACAUGAGACACAUCACUGCAAAUCGAUUUGUAAAGGGAUUUUUCCCUGUGUGUUUUUUUUUUCCAAUAUGACUAAUAUUAUUCACUCAGUGGAGGUCAAUAGAGAAUACCCUCUUUUUCAAGUUAAUGUUUUAAUCCUGUGGAUAUCAGUGACGAUAAACACGUUACAGAUAAAAAGUGGGAUAGUUUGAAAUAGCCA